GAGAAGUGUUUCAAAAAUCGAUACUCGGAGCUGUCAGACGGAAAAAUUUCAAUACAACAAAUUUUCCUCAAUUAUCAGUGAAUUCUGACCCAAUUUCGCCUUCCUCGUGCGUCAGUGUUCACGCAAAUGUGCCAGUGGUAGGAGGGUGAGUGCAAUUUCCGGGGGUGAUGAAUGUGUCAAGGAAUAGUGAAUGUGAGAAAAUUCCCCAGUGUUCUGUUCUUUCUUUUCCAGAUGUUGGGACCCCAUUUGACCUUUGUUCUCAGCCAUGAAUCUCAAAUAGAGGGAUUCACCUGGCAUUUGGAUUAGAUGUGGACGAUAAGUGAAUAAAUCAGGAAUAUGGUAGUGUGACAAUAUUUGGUGUUUCCUCUUUUGGUGCAAGUGCACAGGCCAUUGAAUGAACUGCGUGAUUCCUGACAGAGACAAUGGGUGGCUCAGUGAGUCAAGUGUUCAGGUCCGGGAGUGCUAGGGAUGGGCGUAAUGUGUCCGGAUCGACAAUUGACAAGGUUCAGACAAUCUUUGAGAUACUCUGUUCCAAUCCUCGCAUCUCCAUUCACACAUUGGAAGCCCUUCUGGUGCAGAUACCAAAAAAUGAAAAUAUCCUGGCAAUUCAUGAUGAUUCCGGAUACAAUUUACUGCAGAAGAGUGUAGCUAUUAAUCACAUUGAGCUAGUACGCUGGCUUCUCCAGAGACACUGCCCUGACGUCAAUAGAUGUCCUUGUUCCCUUCCCUUGCACAUUGCCUGCCUCAAGGGUCAUGAGGAGUGCGUGGAGUUGCUCUUAAAGCACGGAGCUCGCAUCGACACAGAGGCCCGAAUGUGCUUCCCCGGAUUGCACUCUCUCAACUGUGAGGAGCGCGGAAAGUACAAAAAUGUUGCUGUCUGUGAUCGUCCCAACAGCAAAUUACAAAAUGCUGUGUGCUAUGCAAUCGAUGGGGAUCAGAUAAAUGUCCUCAACAUCCUGGCCCAGAAGAUGGAAGAGCCAUGGAUACCAUUUCGGGUGAAGAAGCCUCUGUUGCAUUUGGCCUGCGAACGAGGUGCCUGGAAAUGUGUCCAGCAAUUGGUUAUUACGCGUUCAGAUGAGAUUAAUCUCAUCAAGGAUGAGUACUAUCCCAUUCAUCAGGCCAUUCUGCAUGACACGAGAUUCCUGGAAUUGCUCAUUCAGCAUGGAGCUGUAACUACUGUGAGGACAUGUACUCAGCAGAUGACCUUGUUGCAUGUUGUUCUCCUGCACGCGAGAAAAUCCGCUGAAGAUGUUUUGCAUACCCUGAGAAUUUUGCUGGAACGUGGUGGCUGUAAGGAGCUGAUAAAUGCCCCAGAUUCUCUUGGAAAUACUCCCCUUCAUGCUGUUAUCGUGCGCUAUGCGCUAGAGGAGGCCAAAUAUGGGUAUGAUAAGUGGAAUAAGUGGGAUGUGUUGCAUUUAGUGCGGUUCCUGCUGCAAAAUGGAGCCAAAAGUUCCAUCAAUCAGGCCGGGAAUAGCGCUCUGGCUUGUGUCUUUCGGCACAUCCGGGACUGGGAGGUGUGCUAUGAAUUGCUCAAUAUGAUGAUUAAGGAGGAUGGUGAUCCAAAUAUUGUGGGCCGGGAUGGAUCAGUACCGUUGAUGGUGUGCCUUGUGCCGUUGAUUAACAAAGAUCCUCUACAUCAUUUUACGCAUUCGAUGAAGGUGUGCUUCCUCAAUUGCAUUCGAAUUUUGCUGGAACGUGGCGCCAAUCCCAAUUGUUCGUAUCGAUCGAAUCUGACACCUCUGCAUGUUCUCAUAUUUACGGUUAGCGAGAAUUUUACACUGAAUUGUGACACUCAGAAGAGGGCCAAUUUUGACUUUAUCAAGAAUAUCCUGCAACUGUUGCUGCAGCAUGGCUUGGAUUGCAAUGUGACAUCACAGACAAUUCUGCACUCUGUGAUGGAUAUGGUGCAGAAUGUCCGAACGUGCCCGGACAUGGCGUGUAUUCAUGAGCUGACGCUUCUUUUGCUGCAGUAUGGCAAUGAUCCCAAUAUCAAUUUGGCGGGAAAACAGAUGACAGGGACAGCGGCGGAGGUUGUUAGAGCCGAUGCAACUGAAGAUGCACCUGGUCAGGAUACCAAUCCCACCGCCAAUUCCAACAAUAGUCGCUCCAAUGAACCCUUUCGCAAUUCCUUCCGCAGCAACAGUCGCAACUACAUUCUGUUCUACUUCAUUUCGCUGAUAACGAAAAAGGAGUUCCUGCUGAUGGACCGAGAAGCCACAUACACACGAAUAAUCCAUUUACUCUACUACUCAAUGCAACACGAGCCUCUCUAUGCCUGCCUCAAGAGUCUGCACAAUCUCUACUUGACGCAGGUGCCCAAUAAGACAACGGAAAGUCUCAUAGCACUCAUUGCCAUGCUGUACAAGAGGCCGCGCAGCCUCAAGCAGAUGUGUCGUGUUAGGAUCUACGAAAGUAUCAAUAGGAAGCUCGCUCAAAAUAUUAACAGACUGAAUCUGCCAGGACUUCUCAAGGACUACGUUCUAAAUUUUGAAUCUUAAUUUUUUUUGUCUCUCACUUGUGCUCUCAACAAAAUAAAAACUCAUCUUUGGCAUCAAAGGGCACAAUAUAGACGAAGAGGAACAAAAGAAGUGAAUUUAGAAGGGAUACCCCGAGGGGUUUGUUACUGUCGUACUUUUCCAUGAAAAUCUCUUGUUCGGUAAGUUAAUAGAGAAAAAAUCGACAAAAAUUAAAUGGCUUUAAAAUUUUAAGUAUUUUUGAUAUUUUUUGUUAUUUAAUUCCAAGCAAAAUUCGAAUGUUUUAUUAUGUUCUAAAUCCAAUGAAAUGCUUAGAAAUGAUGCAGCUGUCUAUUAUGUGCUAGAACCUUUUCCUGAAUUUUAUUUAAAACAGUUCUAGAAAUAUAUUUUUCCAAUUUCCUGAUUUUUUUAGAACAAAAGAGGUGAAGUACUAAAAAAAUAUUUUAGGAUAGUUCCAUAAUUUUUAUUGUUAAUUUAUAAAUUUUCUACCUUUUCUACCCAGUUUGUUUUUAGAACAAAGGGUUGAAAAAAUGCCUCGGUGUUUCUUAAAGCUUUUUAAACAGGAUAAACUUACUCAAAAAAAAAAUGCAAUAUUUAAAAAUCAUCCAGUGCCUACAUUUUCUUGAAAAAUAUGCAGAUUUUAUCUUGAAUUUAUCAAUUUCUAUUAUAAAGAUUGUUUUUAGAUCAGGGCAAAGGAAUAAACUCAACACAGAAAAAAAUAUUUUGUAAAAUUGUUCGUAAAUGUUUGUGAAAUCCUAUGGCAGAAAUACGAAAUGCUUGUGAAUCGUAUAACCCACCUUUUUUUCACAAACAUAAAAUGAUCAUUUGACGAACAUUUUUUGUCCUUUUACAAACAUUUGUUCGUAAAUGUUCGUAAACACACAAAAAAAUGUUCGUAAAAUUUUGUCAUUUGUUCGUAAAUUUUUGCCAGACAAACAAAAAUUUACGAACAAAUACGAACAAAGGACAAAAUUUUACAAAUAUUUUUUUGUGUGUUUACGAACAUUUACGAACAAAUGUUUGUAAAAGUACAAAAAAUGUUCGUCAAAUGAUCAUUUUACAAACAAUGUUUGUGAAAAAGUACAAAAUUUUACGAACUUGUUUGUGGGUUAUGUGAUUCACGAGCAUCUCGUAAGUCCUCCAUAGGAUUUCACAAACAUUUACGAACAAUUUUACAAAAUAUUUUCUGUGAAUGCAGUACUAAAAUAUAAUAAUAAUACUAUCACAACAUUCCAUGAAGGAACUAGGCCUUCCCACAAGGGGAUUUCUAGACGUGCAUUAUUAUUUUUUCUUGUACGGGAUGAGAUUGUCAGUCCUAUGCCCGUGGAAUCAAAUGCAGUGAAGCUCACUGGAUGCAAUCCGAACACCUUUAACGCCAGAAAAAUUCCUGGUGACCUAAAGGGGAUUCGAACCCGGGACACUUGCAUCAUAGAGCGAGUGCUCUACCACUUGACCCAUUGAGUGCCCUCUCAUUAUAAGGGCAACUAUUUUACUUCUUGAGAAAUUAAUAACCUGUGCUAUCUGACGUUAUUCAGGGUUUUCUUUAACAUAACCUCACUUUUCAACAUAACCUCUUGUUUUAGUUUGCAGUACUAAAACCGAAGGUAAAUGUUGGAGUUUCCCAUUACGUUAAUAAAGAGCAGGCUAAUUAAUUUUAAAAGUUUAUAUUUUAAUUGCAUUAAAAACAACAUUGAAACUAGAAUCCGUUUUUUUUGUUUGAAAGAACUGGCUCCUUAUUUUUUUAGUACAUUUUUAGUACUUCACGGACUUUAUUAAUUUUAUUUGGGCUAAAAUGAAACUUAAUGUAAAAAUUUUUGAGUUUGGGAUAGAAUGCAGAAGUUUCCAGAAAAACUUAUAUUGAAAUUUUGAGGUCACAUAUGUUUUAAGAAAUGCCUACGAUUCCUGCGAGAACCCAGUAGAGUAACUGUACCAAAUUCCGAAAUAGUUGAAUGCAAACGCCAAAGUUUUAAAUUUGAAACGUUAAAUACAAAUUUUUUUUUGUUACUUAUUUUUAAGGAGUGUUGCUUAGAACCUCUUUAUUUGAUAUAGAACUCUUUGUUUUCUUAAAAGUAAUUCUUAAUACAUUUCAAAAUGAAUAAAACUAUAAACAUAGCUUUAGGUAACAUUUCGGACAUCCUGAUUCUCAUAGGGUAAAUGUCCUAAUUCAAAACGAUCUCCAGAUGCUCUUUGACAGAAGAUUCAACACAUUAAGUUCAUUUUUUAUCUGAAGAAGAUUACAUAAAUUUGCUCCUUGACUCUUCUAGAAUGUUACUGUUUAGUGAAAAUUCUUUAGAUAUAAUUUGAAAACUUCUUAAAUACAAGAAAAAUAUGCGAGUGCAAAACGCUGCUAUUGGAAACAAAUUAAUCCAAAUGGAGACAAGGGAAAUUUUUUAAUUGGAGACAAAUAGUGUAAGUGAAACCGCGACGAAAGGCUUCUAAAAUCUUGUUGAGUUGCUCUUGAGGAUUUAUUCUUAUUCCUGGUCUUUUUUCCUUUUCCAUCUGAGACAUUAAGAAAAUUUCUCUAAAAAAAAUCAUAUUUCCGGUGUUUCCUAUUAAAGCAUUUGCAGAAACUUCAGAAAACCCCUUUUUGCUCACGAAAUAAGAUAAUUAUUUCAUUUGAAAACUUCACGUAUCGUUAACAAUAAAUAUUAACGCUUAAUUUCACAUAAUUUCACCAGAAGUAUUACAUAAAUAAAAAAUAAAAAAAACGAAUAAAGAACAAUCAGCCUAUUGUGUUUUCAUUGGAAAUUAUGGUUGAUCGAUGAAAAAUUCGAUGGUGAAAAGGUACACUUUUAAUUUUUCUGAGAAAUUUAUAAAUUGAAAUUUGUGAAUAUGAAUGGAUUUUCGCUUUGUUUGGAGUAAAAUUAACUAAAUAAUGAAACUGAGGUAUAGAAAAUAUAUUAAAAAAAAUUAAUACUGUAUUUAUCAUGGAAAAAAAUAAUGUUUCCAUUUGGAGUAUCGAAAAGUUUCUAUUUGGAACAGGUUUUGAAUUAGCUUAAUUUACCCUUUACUCUUUGGGAAUUUUUCCAAAGUCUUUUUCAUGUCAUCUCGUUCGUUGAAGCAACAUUUUUUGUUUUCUUUUUUGAUUUGUAUAACCUCUAUAGUUGGUUAAGAUGGGGUAAUUUGGAAUCAUGUCUUAUAUAGAACUUUGAGAUUUCUUAAGUUUCAGAUGACAAAAGAAUAAAACAACGAAGAAGUACUUACGAAUGUAAAGUCCUUGUACUUCUUAGUGGUUUUAUUUUUCUUUUCGGACCGUCUGAAAUAGUGGAAAAAUCUUAAAAUUCCAAAACAGAGAUGAUUCCGAAUUACCCCGUCUUACCCUACGCAAAAACUAAAAAUUAAUGAACAUUUGAGGAACAAAAGUGGCCGAAAUUGCAAACUGGCCGAAAUUCAGUACAGUUACCCUAUUUUUUUACUGAAUAAAAUUAUUGAAUUCAUUUAAAUACAUCAGGAUUAUGAAAAAAUCCAAGCACUUUUCUUACAAAUAAAUUAAAAUAUCAGCUAAUAUAUUGUUUUUAAAAUGAGUUAAAUCAUUUUAAGUAAUGGACAUAAUGUUUUUUACAAAAUUUAUAUGUAAUUCGGAUUUUAAAUAAUUCCCGUUUUACACAAACCUUUUUCGGUUUUGUAUUUUGGAAAAGGUCAAUUUCUGAUUAAAAUCUGUCUUGAAAUAAUUUAUUAUCACAUUUUCAUUGAGUUUUGAAAGCACAACGUAAGUGAAAGGAAACUGUAACCAUUUUAUGUAUUACUCGGUACUUUAUUGUUGGUUAAAAUAUAAGCCACACCUUUAAGUUUCUUAACAGUAAGGAAAAAAACCAGAAGAAAUCACAUUUUAAGGCCAAGGCAUCUAAUCUACGGGUUCGAGCAUCUCAUUAAUUUUGUCUAACAUUUUUUUUGUAAUGCAAAAAUUUUAAAUUUUGGGAGUAACAAACCCCUUGGAUGACCUUCAUGCAUUCGCCAAGAUCGUCGAGAUAUUUGUUAAGAAGAAUGUUCUAAAUUGUGCAAUUAUCGAAGAGAGAGUGAAGAGAAAAGCAAGAAAAUCAUGUACAUGUACACAUUGUGACCGUGUGAAGGAAAUUUACACGAAAAAUCUUCAGGUUUAUCUGAUCAAAAAAGUAAUUAAUUUAAAAGAAUCUGUAUGGUCAUGUAUUCAUUUGCAAUAUAUUCAAACAAAUAUACAUGAAAUUAUGUUA